UGCGUUCGGGAGGCGCGUGCCCACGGGAGGCGUGUGCCCCUGGCCGCCCCUCACCCCUCGCGUCCCGGCGUUGCCACGGACUCUCCUGCCAUUCAAGGAAGGCAUGGAACCUGUGUUGCUGUCUGCCUAUUCCCAGACAUUAGUGACCUUCAGGGAUGUGCUGGUGGAUUUUACCGAGGAAGAAUGGAAGCUUCUGGAUGCUGCUCAGCAGUUCAUAUAUAAAGAUGUGAUGUUGGAGAAUUACAAGAAUCUGGUUUUCUUGAGGUUUCACCUUCCUAAGCCAGAUGUGAUUCAUUGUUUGGAGAAAGGGGAAGAGCCCUGGCUGGUGGAGAGAAGGAUUUACCGUGAGACCCAACCAGUUAAGGACCUGAGGAUUGCUAACUCUGAAGGGAAUCUUCACAAACCCAUACCAGCCAUCAGUGAUACUACCAAGUUCUGAUGAAUGAAAAAGCAGCAGACAAGUGGAGAGAGUACCUUGUGCCUUUUAACCUUGCCCCUUCCACUGCCACACAGUCCAUCGGCUGGGACGCGCAGCAGAGCAGGUGA